AUGUCUUCAUCAUCAAACAAUGAUUCAAACUCUAACAAACAAGAGUUUUAUAAUGAAUUCAGAAAAAAGAAGAGGGAAAGUUUCUUCAAAAGACACUCCAAAUCCAAGCUAUUUAAAUGGGCAUGUAUAGGAUUUGCUGGAUAUUAUACUUUUGUAUUGUGCCAAAAGCCUUGGAUUUAUCAUCCUAAAGCAAUUCAUAAUGCCGAUGCUUUUCAAGAACAUUUAAAGAGAAGUGUAGAGAAUUUUAAUAGGAGAUUCUGUCCAACUCCGUGGUUAAUCAAUACCCAUGCUCAGACAAUAUAUGGAGCAGCCUGUAGACACAUUAUUGAUGAUCAGGAUGAAGCACUUUUCAAGAAGAAGAGAAAUCAAUAUGAAUUUGAAGAUGGAGCAACUAUUAAUUUGGAUUGGUUUGAACCUGCUAAUACAACAACAACAAAUUCAUCAUCUGAUGGUGGUGCUGCUGCUGCUACUACUGGACAACAAUCCGAAAGGAAAAAGACAACAAUCUUUAUUCUUCCUGGUUUAUCUGGAGGAACAGGUGCUGUAGGAGUUAAACAUUUAAUUAGUUCGUUUGUGAAGGCUGGAUACAGAUGUGUUGUUAUGGAUUACAAGACUACAUCGAAUGAAUCAUCCACUAUUCAACAUGGUCAUCAUACUUUGCCUCCGAUUGUUGGUGACUUGGAUCCAAUUGAUUUGGAUAAGCCAAAAUCCACAAAUCAAACUACCAAGGUAAUUCCUGGAUUGACUCACACUGUGAAGGAUAUUAGAAAUGUUAUUCAAUUGGUUAGAAAGGAAGUUGGAAAGGAUGAAACAUUGGUUGGUGUUGGUUUCAGUCUCGGAGCUAAUACUCUGUUAACCUAUCUAUCGGAACAUGUUGGAAAGGAUGCUCCAAAGAAACAAGGAGCUAAAAAGUUGAAGGACCAUCAUAUUCAUCUUCCUAAUGAUGAUGGCGAUGAAUCGAGAAAUGAAUUUGCCUAUGCAAUUUCAAUUGGUAAUCCAUUCGAUUUGAAUGCUGCUACUCUUGCUCUUCAAUCAAACAUUUUCCAAAGAAUGAUAUACGAUAGGGCCUAUGCCAAGGAACGUAUUGAAUUAUAUGAGAAGAAUAAGGAAUUGCUUCCAGAAGAUUAUAUCAAACUCUUACCAACUCUUCGUACUACCAGAGAUGUCGAUGAUAAGAUUAAUAGACCACUCUGUGAAGGUAAAUUUGAAAAUGUGGAAAAGUUUUAUGAAUUCCACAGUUCUGGUAAUAAGAUGAAGAAGAUUACAGUCCCAACUAUUUGUUUAAAUGCUCUUGAUGAUCCAAUUUCAACAUAUUCUUCCAUUCCUUUCGAGGCCUUUGUGAAUUAUGACAAGUUGAUGCUUGUCACAACUACUCGUGGUGGUCACAUUGCCUCUCUUGAUGGUUUCUUUGCACCAAAGAAGGAGAGUUGGAUGGAAAGAACCUCUGUACAAAUUGUAAAGAGUAUGGAUGAAUGGAGAGAAGGAUUAACAAAGAGAACAAGCAAAUUAGAUUAA